GACUGUCCGAGUUCGAUUUCAAUCAUCAGUUCUAUCCAAGAACAAUCAGCACAAUAUUCUUACUAGCUCAACAUGAACAAGUUCGUUGUUUUGGCCACUUUGUUCGCUGCGGCUAUUGCUGCCGAGCUUCCAGCUUACUCCAAGCCGUCGUAUCCAACACCAACAGCUCCAGCAUAUUCGAAGCCAGCUCCAGCUUAUCCAGCUCCAGCUUAUCCGGCACCUGCUCCAAGUGCUCCAGCUUAUUCUAAGCCCACCGAACAGCCAGCUUACAGCAAGCCUGCCGAAGCAGAUCAUCCUCCGAUGCCAUUCGACUUCGCUUACGAAGUUAAGGACGAUCCCACUUACCAGGAUUACUCACACAAGGAAACCAGUGACGGCAAAGUCGUCUCAGGAUCUUACCGCGUUGCCCUCCCCGAUGGCCGUACCCAAAUCGUCUCCUACAAGGCCGAUGAAAAUGGUUACGUCGCCGAUGUACAAUACGAGGGAGAGGCCAAAUACGACGAAAUCAAACCCACUGCUGCUCCAGCUUACCCCAGCAAACCAGCUCAGCCUGCCUACCCCGAGACCAAGCCGGAGCCCAAGCCCCAGCCGUCCUACCCAGCUGCAGCUGAGCCCACUUAUCCCAAACCAUCUUACCCUGCGCCAGCUGUGCCAGCUGCCUCCAAACCAUCCUACCCUGCGCCCGCUGCUCCCAAACCAUCUUACCCUGCGCCCGCUGCCCCCAAACCAUCGUACUCUCAGCCAGCUCAGCCCGCUUAUCCCAAGCCCACCUACUAGAUCGGAUUACAUGACGUGACUUUCACAGGACUUUCACCAUAUGAAUGAUGUAAUUUAAUCGGAUUCUUUGAGAUAAAAUAAACAUAGGUCUAAAUUUUAAA